CUGUUUCGGAAAACGCUUCCUGUUCCUUUAAGGACGCUCCAGUGCGCGGUUUGCACACGCUGAAAAGUCUCCGGGCUGUGCGAGGCGGGCGGCGCGCUGACUGAUCUCGCUCACAGGGGCUUCUGUGUAAACUGAGGCUAAACAAACACAGAUGGGUCUCUCAGCGUGCCUUCACCAAAAAUGCUGGCAAUGCGGCAGGGACUUCAGAUGACAUUCUGAUCCGGCUGCUCCCACACGGUCUUUUGCAAACCGGGGCUUGGAAGGGCAGCAGCUGCUACUGCUGCUCCGCAAAGCCCAAGCAGCGGCGGCCGCCUCGAGGGUGCGGGGGAGCCUGGCGGAGGUGGGCCCGGUGGGGGGCUGCGUGGCUUGCAAAGGGAGCGUCCUGGCGGCGGCUUGAGAGCGAGCGAGCGAGGGAGCAAGGCGCGGGCUGCGGCCACCAUGAAGAACAUGCAGCAGCUGGUCGAGGAAGAGGAGCGCUGGAAGCGCCUGUGCCUCAAGGACCUCCGCGGCAUCAAGAAGCUCCCGCGCAAGAGCCACGAGCCCGCCAAGCUGCAGCCGGGCGCCUGCCGGAGUUUCCAAGUGGACCUGGACGUCCACGAGCACGUGCUCGGCGGGGGGCUGGGGGGCAAGGGGGGCUCGCGGCCACAGGGCAGGCCGGCCGCUUCCAAGGGGGCCGCGGCGGCGGCGGCGGCCCCCACGGAGCUCGCGGAGGGCGGCGGCGACGGCGACGAGGCUCUGGACAUGAGGAAGGCGGCUUUCCCGGCGGGGCUCCUCGCCUCCCCGCAGCAGCCCCUGAGGAAAGACACGUGCCUCCGGCCGGUCAGUCUGGACGGGGCCGAGGGCCAGCCCUUCCCGGAGCAGUGCCUGCCGUCCAGGAUGAUGGUGUGCCCGCCGCCGCCCCUGGAAACUCCCUACCCGUCCGCCGCGCACGCCGUCUACGGCAGCCAUCCCGAUUCCUCGCUGUCGCCUAGGAAACGGCCGGGGGAGCCGCCGGGCGGCUCCUCGGAGAUCAAAGCCAUUCAGCAGACGCGGCGGCUGCUGGCGAACGCCCGCGAGAGGACCCGGGUGCACACCAUCAGCGCGGCCUUCGAGGCGCUGAGGAAACAGGUUCCCUGCUAUUCCUAUGGACAGAAGCUAUCCAAACUGGCCAUCCUGAGGAUAGCAUGUAACUAUAUCCUCUCCUUGGCUAGACUAGCCGACCUGGAUUACAGCGCUGACCACAGUAAUGUGAGCUUCUCGGAAUGUGUGGAGCAGUGCACUAGGACCUUGCAAGCUGAAGGAAGGUCUAAAAAAAGGAAGGUAUUGAUAAUCAAACAGUGCGGAUCCAGCAGAAUUCCGGUCCCAACGUUCCAUCCCAUGUUGUCAAAGUCCACAUUGGCCAGUUGAAAACAGUAAGCAGCUUUUGGAAGACACCUUUGAGACUGGCAAUGGGAACUUUCUGGAUAUGAGAAAUCCCUCUGAGAAGAUGAAGAUGUUUUCUUCUUAUAUUGUUUCUUGUUAUGCAAACCACACUUUAGUAUGUGCAAUGUAUUGGGCACUUUCCCCCUUUGCUCCCAUAGAAAAUAUUGCCCUCAGCUCACAGUGUACUGCAAUGUCAUUGUUAAUGCCAAAGAUCUGACAGCAUUUCUACACUGUCACCCCAAUCCAGAGAAUAUGCUAUCAGGACCCACCAGCAUAAAUCGCAAUCCAAAUACACGUUUCAGUGUGGACAUCACUGAUUACUUUCAAUUGUAUAUACAUUAAAAUGUACAUUCGAUCUACAUUUGAAGGAGAAUGGAGAUGCACAUCUCAUUGAAAGUAAUACAGUGCAAAUAAACGACUGAAGCUGGAUCUGCAUUCAAUUUAUGCUUGUGGUUCAUAAUACUUGUGCAGAGGCUUGCUUUGGAUGGGAGCAUCAGUGUUAUUUUUGCCUUAAAUGAUACCAUUAUAGAGUAGAGAAACCCACAAUGUUCUCUUGAACUUAGUAUGGCUAUCAGCCACAAAUCAGAACUUAUGAUCUUUUUGAUUUCCCCCCCCCCAAUUCCAAGCCCCACCCUCCAUUUCUACGGAUCUGCUUGAAGCACCAAAAACAGGAUUCAAAGGAGGAAGUUGCCAAAACAUACCAAUAUUUGUUCCACAAUUACUGUUUUUCCCCCCCUUUACCUUCAGGUAGUCUAUUGUUCUGCUUCUUUUCACACAAACAGGGUCAGUUUUUUUAUGCAUGCGCACACAGAUACACACACACACACAGAGAGAGAAGCCCUUUAGAUUAAAGGGAAUCACAUUUCCUUACCAUCACUCUGCUUCCUGCUUCUCUUCCGCAUUUGAAACAAGCUGAAUUACAUGGGAAGAGCACAGUGACCACGUGGCCUGUAAUUUAAAACCUCCCAGCUCAUAUAGUUCAAUGGGACAGCACCCUCUAAUGGGAGUUUUAUAGUGCAACUUCGAAUGCACACGGCAGGAAAUCCUGACAUAUUUCAGAAGAAUUGGGGUUUCCAAAGUUUAUUUUUAAACAGAAUAAUGGAGCAAAGGAACGGGAGACACACAGGAGGUUCACGUUGUCAAAAUGAUCUGCUAACUGGCCAGUCACGAGUGUGCUAUAAACUGCUCAUUUAGAGAAGCCCAUGCUAAAAAUAGCGUCAAACUGCUACAGAAGAAGCUUUCCCCCAUUUUUAACAUAUCAUUAACCCAAUUAAUUAAACUGUAUUUUUUUAAAAAAAAAACUAUAAAAAGGAAAUGAAGAACGUAUAGCCAGAGUGUAAAAUAGGAGAACUAUUCAAAAACUGUUUGUAAAAAUCACAUUUUUGAAUUUAGAAAGGUUAAAAACACACAUAAUGCAAAGGCAUUUGAAUUCUAUGUUGUAUCUUUCACUUCAAAUUGAAGUAAAAAAAAGGUAUGGAAAAACUCACUUGGAGUAAGCAGGCUUUAUAAAUAAUGCAUGUCAUAUGUAAGACAUCUGCUAGUAAUAAAGAAUAUAAUUCAGUGUUACAGUAAAGUAAUAUGGCCUUUUGAAGAAAAGAGAUUACCACAUUUCAGUCAAAUGGCAAGUACAAUGGCUAUACAUUGUAGUUAAAUUUGGCUCUGUUUCAACAUGAAUUAAAUAUAUUCAUGCUUGAUUUACAUAAGUGUAAUAGAUUUGAACACAGCCUUUUGUGCCUAUCUGGUUAAGAGACAUCACAAAUCUCUAAGUCUUAUCAUAUGUUUUGCAACAGCAAAACCAUAUCCUUCUAAAUUUAAGCUGAACCCUAAACACAGAAUUCUGGACUCUUCAUUGAACAUCCACCAUUUUGCUGCAACGAAGGGCUCCCACAUGGCUUCACUUUUCUCUCUAACAUGAGAAUGGUAGGUUAGUAACACAGUGGCCUUCUUAAAGGACCUCCAAAUGAAUGAGAGCUAACUGACAAUCUCCACUUCUGAAAUGAAAUCAAACUGAAUUCUAAACACACAUGAUGUUUUGGAGGCAGCGCUGCCCAAUGGUAGUCAAACAAUCCAUGCCAAACCCUUUCCCCAAGACUCUAACAUGGCAUUUUGUUCUUUUAAAAAGAUGUGGAAUCCCUCCCCCCCUCCCCGCCCCCAAAUACUUUGGCAUUCUGUGUAUAACAGCCUCCUCUGGAGAUAUCCAUAAAAAUGGUAUGUACUUUUUGGUCCAUGUCAGAAAGAAAGUUCCAAAUGUAAGAUUUUCUUCAUCACACACCAAAUAUGAAAUGGAGAGAGAAAACCUACUUACCAGUGUUACAGGUCUUUUGCCACUGUGAACUAAAUAAAAGCCUUAAAUUUGCAGGUUGUAAA